UCUUUGUAGUGUAAACAACAACAAAUUUGCUGCUGCUUACAGUUAUUUAUAAGUCUCUGUAGCUCUGUCAACUUAAGUUGUUUAAUUUAUUUAUCAUUUAAACUAGUCUUGACAAGAGUUCAGCGCAAGUAUCACACUCAAAGCACAAAGCGGAAGCAAAUUUACAUCACUCGACAACUUCAUCUCUUUUGGUCGCUCAAUUCCUCUUUCCGUAAGCUAGCAAUAUGUGCUGCAAUCCAGGUGGUUUCUGUGGCAUGCCCGCCGGUAUUCAGUGCACACACUUUUGUUUCAAUCACUGGACAGGAUGUGCCAGCGGUAUCUGUUGCCGCACCAGUUGUUCCCCUUGCUGUCCACCAUACAAAGGCUGCUGUGGAGGACCUCGCUGGGCGAACUGUUAGGCUUAGCUUAGAAGGAAAAUAGGUUGAUGGCACCAAAAGAAUUACUUUGUAAUAGUACCGAAUAAAAUCUAUAGUGUAAAUAAAUUA